CUAAAGAGCGUUGGAAUCCUGACGUCGAAAUCUCGUGGAAACUUCGUCCCAUUUAAGACGUCGCCUGUUUUUAGUUUCAGUCCUCAGAAAAUAAAGGAAGAUAAAAUCUUGUUGAUAAAUAUCAAUAACAGUACUAAUGAAUUCUACUCUAUUCACAAAAUUUGCAAUUCUUAGGAAACGGCAAUUGUUGGUUUUCUGUCUACAAUGGUGAUUAACUAGCAACAAAGAAAAAACAAAGAGGAUUUAGCUCUUUCGGUGCUGAAAGAUUAUCCCCGUAAAGACUUGAUUCUACGCACAAUCUUAAUAAAUGAAUUUCAGAGAAGAAAAAUUUGUCAAGUUCCAGGACUGGUCUUCGGAGAGAUCUUUAAGUUCUGAGAGGCAUUUCUCCACGAGAGGUGAUUCUGGGAAAUUCACCGAAACAGUAAGCUCUAUCUCGGAAAGAAUAUGGAGAGGUUUGUCACGGGGUUCGGAAGGGAUUAGACACAUCAGGAAAUCAUUCAAUUUUAAUUCCUCUAGUGAUUCUUCAGUAUCAGACAUAGAGUCCAAGAGAAAAAUUCUUGACCCACAAGGUUCAUUUCUUCAAAAGUGGAACAAGAUAUUUGUAUUGUCAUGUGUGCUUGCAGUUUACUUGGACCCCUUAUUCUUCUACAUCCCAGUGAUUGAUGGUCAGAAGAAAUGCCUUGAUUUGGAUAAGAAGUUGCAGAUAACUGCCUGUGUUCUGCGUUCCUUCACUGAUAUCUUUUAUGUACUUCAUAUUAUCUUUCAAUUUCGCACUGGAUUCAUUGCUCCUUCUUCUCGAGUGUUUGGAAGGGGUGUUUUGGUUAAGGAUCCUAUAUCCAUAGCUCGACGGUACUUGCGCUCAUCCUUCCUUGUUGAUAUUCUCGCAGUUCUUCCACUUCCUCAGGUGGUUAUUCUGUUUAUCGUCCCCAAAUUGCAUGGGUCGGCAUCAUUAAAUACCAAAGAUUUGUUGCGCUUCGUUGUAUUUUUCCAGUACUUUCCAAGGCUUUACCGAAUCUAUCCCCUGUAUAAAGAAGUCACAAGAACAUCUGGUAUAAUUACUGAAACGGCAUGGGUUGGAGCUGCUUUCAAUUUAUUUCUUUACAUGCUCUUCAGUCAUAUGUUUGGAGCCUCUUGGUAUCUUCUCUCGAUUGAGCGGCAAGACAGCUGUUGGCGUAAGGCUUGUGGCGAUAAUCAGACUUGCAACUUAUCUUUAUACUGCGGUGCUGAGUCUACUAUGGAAAACACUAUAAAUGUAACGGCCGAUUGUGUACUUAAUGAUACAUCUCCAUUCUUCGAUUUUGGCAUAUACCUUGAUGCACUUACAUCUGGUGUGGUGGAGUCAUCUGAUUUCCCGUCGAAGCUCUUUUACUGCUUGUGGUGGGGCUUGAGAAGUCUGAGUUCACUUGGUCAAAAUCUGGGAACUAGUACGUUUGUUGGGGAAAUUCUAUUUGCGAUUUCUAUUUCCAUCUUUGGCUUGGUCUUGUUUUCUCUUCUUAUCGGCAACAUGCAGACAUAUCUCCAGUCAAAUACUGUUAGAUUAGAAGAAAUGAGAGUAAAGCGUCGAGAUGCGGAGCAGUGGAUGUCCCAUCGUCUGCUCCCUGACCCCUUGAAGCAACGAAUUAGGAGGUACGAGCAGUACAAAUGGCAAGAAACAAGAGGGGUAGAUGAACAGAAUCUCAUCUGUAACCUUCCCAAGGACCUCAGGAGGGACAUCAAGCGUCACCUUUGUUUGAAUCUACUCAUGAGGGUUCCGAUGUUUGAAAAAAUGGAUGAGCAACUACUGGACGCAAUGUGUGAUCACCUCAAGCCAGCUUUGUACACAGAAGGUAGCUAUAUUGUCCGUGAAGGUGACCCUGUUGGUGAGAUGCUCUUUAUAAUGAGGGGAAAGCUAUUGAGUGUGACUACGAAUGGUGGAAGGACUGGAUUUUUCAACUCUGACCAUCUAAAAGAAGGAGACUUUUGUGGAGAAGAACUUCUUACAUGGGCUUUAGACCCCAAUUCAAAUAACAAUCUUCCCAUAUCUACCAGAACUGUCCGGGCUUUGACAGAGGUUGAAGGAUUCGCUCUAAUGGCUGAUCAUUUAAAGAGUGUUGCUUCGCAGUUCAGGCGACUCCAUAGUAAGCAACUCCGUCACACUUUCAGAUUUUACUCCCAGCAGUGGAGGACUUGGGCUGCAUGUUUCAUUCAAGCAGCUUGGCGGAGGUAUAGUAAGAAGAAGGCCGCAGAGUCCUUACAGGAAGAAGAGGACAGGUUACAGGAUGCACUGGCUAAGGGUGGCGGUACCUCACCAAGCCUUGGUGCAACAAUAUAUGCUUCACGAUUUGCUGCAAAUGCCUUGCGUGCAAUUCGACAACAUGGCUCGCGGAAGGCAAGGUUGCAAGAGAGAUUACCACCAUUGAUUCUUCAAAAACCAGCAGAGCCUGAUUUUUCUUCUGAAGCUCGUUAGUAUAGGUAAUAAUUUCCUUGACUGCUCGACCUAAUGAUUUUCAUUAAUGAAAACUCAGAAGCCAUGUAUGUGUUCAUGGCAUCUCUAUGUACCGGAUCUUUCUUCAUAUACCUAUAUAGUAAAUAUGAAAAAUGCAUUUCUAGUA